AUGGAUCUGAACUACAGUUCUCCUUACAACGACCAAGUAACUACAAAUGUCACCACACCAGGGAUCCCCAUAAACCCAGACCUCCGAAGCAGAGUGGACGUCUUCCUCGCCUGUAUCUGUAUCCUCUGUAUGUGUCUUGGAGUUCCGGGCAAUCUCCUUGCUCUCAUCCACUUUAUCUGCGAGCACAGAUCCCUUGCGAACCCGAGGAAGGCCAAAAUGAGGAGCAAGAAAAUGUUCUUCACGGAUAUCUACCUGGUGGUAGCAAUGUGUGACUUACUAGUCUGCUUCUCCUUGCCUGCUCAGAUUGAAAGCUACUUCUCAGGACGAGAUAACCCUGUCCUCUUCUCAAAUCACGUGUUCUGCAACGUGUGGGGUGCUCUCUGGGAGGUUCUCCCUUACUUCAGUGUCUUCCUAGUUGGGUGCCUCAGCAUCUCCAGACUCAUGACCUUACUCUAUCCUCUUGUUGUCUUUAACAGGAGGGUCACUGUGGUGAUUUUUACUGGUUUCAUGGUGCAGCUCAUUCUAACCAGGCUGGUUCCCAUUCUCACUGAUAACGGACAUUUCAAGUACGGAUCUGAUGUGAACUACUGCUUUCUUCGUGCUGAUAACUGGAUGUUCCUGUCUAUAACCUGCGCUGUGCAGAUGGCACUGCCAAUCCUUCCUAUCUUCCUAAGCUGCCUCAUGACAAUCUUUAAGCUGCACAACUUGAAAAAGUUGGGAGCGGGAAGUACGAAGAAGCACAACGAUGCGACUGUAACGGUCAUCAUCUUCACCUCCAUUUACCUUCUCUAUAACCUUCCAAUCUUCAUCAACUAUAUCUACUUCAUGAGAUGCUGGAUAAAUGAGGAGAACACCUAUCUGGAACAGUAUGGUCAUCCUUUUAUGUACUGGUACUCCUGGAACAUCACUUUCAUCAUCUGUAUCGCUAUGAACUCCACUUCCAACCCCAUACUCUACUUCUUCCGCAUGUCUUGUUUCAAAGCAUUUGUUUUAAGGAGUCAUAAGGAGGGACGUGGACUUUAUAGACAAUUCUCUGGUAUUCUCCCUAAGAGAGCAUCUAAGAAGUCGACAUCAUUACCUUCUGAUGUCAGUCCAGAGUCGUUGGAUUCCAGCAAAACUACCAGCCAGAUUAAUAGUGAUAAUGGAGUAUGAGAAGACAGAUACUGUCAUCUUAGUUGAACAGGAUCCUAAUCAGUAUAAUCUUAGUUUCAUCUUUGAGAAAUCCCAAGUCUUGAAGUUAAUCCACAGUUUGUGGUUUUAAGUGAAUUCUAUUUGUUGGCUUUCAUUUCCAAUUAUGUUUUGUAUUUGUAAUGGAAGCUGAAAUCGCAGUGGGUUUUUAAAUGAUCUCGCCAUUUAAAUGCUAUUAAAUACUGUUUUGAUUUAUUAUUAUACA